GCGUACAGCACAGCGUGCAGCACAGCGCGGCGCGGCUCGGCGGCAGGAUGAUCACUUCCGCCGCUGGAAUCAUCUCCCUUCUGGAUGAAGAAGAACCACAGCUCAAGGAGUUUGCACUACAGAAAUUGAACGCCGUGGUCAAUGACUUCUGGGCAGAAAUUUCUGAGUCUGUAGACAAAAUUGAGGUUCUGUAUGAAGAUGAAGGUUUCCGGAGUCGUCAGUUUGCUGCCCUUGUGGCGUCUAAAGUAUUUUAUCACCUGGGGGCUUUUGAGGAGUCCUUGAACUAUGCCCUGGGAGCAGGUGACCUCUUCAACGUCAAUGACAACUCUGAAUAUGUGGAGACGAUUAUUGCAAAAUGCAUUGACCAUUACACCAAGCAGUGUGUGGAGAAUGCGGAUUUGGCCGAGGGUGAGCGGAAACCUGUGGAUCAGAGACUGGAAGGGAUCGUGAACAAAAUGUUCCAGCGGUGCCUGGAUGACCACAAGUACAAGCAGGCCAUUGGCAUUGCCCUGGAGACCCGCAGGCUGGACAUCUUUGAGAAGACCAUCUUGGAGUCGAAUGACGUCCCUGGGAUGCUUGCUUACAGCCUCAAGCUCUGUAUGUCGUUAAUGCAGAAUAAGCAGUUCCGUAAUAAAGUUCUCAGAGUUUUGGUUAAAAUCUACAUGAACCUUGAGAAACCAGACUUCAUCAAUGUUUGUCAGUGCUUGAUCUUCUUAGAUGACCCUCAGGCGGUGAGUGAUAUCUUGGAAAAGCUGGUAAAGGAAGACAAUCUCCUCAUGGCUUAUCAGAUCUGUUUCGACCUGUAUGAAAGUGCAAGCCAGCAGUUCUUAUCCGCCGUGAUCCAGAAUCUUCAUACCGUUGGCACCCCUAUAGCUUCUGUGCCUGGAUCAACCAAUACGGGUACCGUUCCAGGAACGGAGAAAGAUGGUGACACAAUGGAGACAGAGGAAAAGACUGGAACAGCACCUGCUGGGAAGACAACAGAACUGAAUCCGGAACCCAAGGACCAGAUUUCAAAAAUGAUUAAAAUUUUAAGUGGUGAAAUGGCUAUUGAGUUACACUUGCAAUUUUUAAUACGAAACAAUAAUACAGACCUCAUGAUUCUAAAAAACACAAAGGAUGCAGUGCGGAACUCUGUAUGUCACACGGCGACAGUCAUAGCAAAUUCUUUUAUGCACUGUGGGACAACUAGUGACCAGUUCCUUAGAGAUAAUUUAGAGUGGUUGGCCAGAGCUACUAACUGGGCAAAGUUUACUGCUACAGCUAGCCUGGGCGUCAUUCAUAAGGGUCAUGAGAAGGAAGCGCUACAACUAAUGGCUACAUAUCUUCCCAAGGACACUUCUCCUGGUUCCGCAUAUCAGGAAGGUGGAGGUCUCUACGCAUUAGGUCUCAUUCAUGCCAAUCAUGGGGGUGACAUAAUAGACUACCUACUUAACCAGCUGAAGAACGCCAGCAACGACAUUGUUCGGCACGGAGGCAGCCUGGGCCUUGGUCUGGCUGCCAUGGGGACUGCCCGUCAGGAUGUGUACGACUUGCUGAAAACCAACCUCUACCAAGACGACGCGGUGACAGGAGAAGCAGCUGGUCUGGCCCUUGGUCUGGUUAUGUUGGGGUCUAAAAAUGCCCAGGCUAUUGAGGAUAUGGUUGGUUACGCACAGGAAACCCAACACGAGAAAAUCUUGCGGGGCCUUGCUGUUGGAAUUGCUUUAGUAAUGUAUGGGAGAAUGGAGGAGGCUGAUGCCCUGAUUGAAUCUCUCUGCCGGGAUAAGGAUCCGAUCCUCCGUCGAUCUGGAAUGUACACCGUAGCUAUGGCUUAUUGUGGGUCAGGUAACAAUAAGGCUAUACGACGCCUGCUCCAUGUUGCUGUAAGUGACGUCAAUGAUGAUGUGCGGAGGGCAGCAGUGGAAUCGCUUGGGUUCAUUCUAUUCAGAACGCCCGAGCAGUGUCCAAGUGUGGUUUCGUUGUUAUCAGAGAGCUACAACCCCCAUGUCCGUUACGGAGCUGCAAUGGCCCUUGGCAUCUGCUGUGCCGGAACAGGAAACAAGGAAGCAAUUAAUUUGCUAGAACCAAUGACGAAUGAUCCCGUGAACUACGUGAGGCAAGGAGCUCUCAUUGCCUCGGCGCUCAUCAUGAUCCAGCAAACCGAAGUCACCUGUCCAAAGGUCAACCAGUUCAGACAGCUGUAUUCCAAAGUCAUCAACGAUAAGCAUGAUGAUGUCAUGGCUAAGUUUGGUGCUAUCCUGGCCCAGGGCAUUCUGGAUGCAGGUGGGCACAACGUCACAAUCUCUUUGCAGUCCAGGACGGGGCAUACGCACAUGCCUUCUGUUGUGGGGGUCCUAGUCUUCACCCAGUUCUGGUUCUGGUUCCCGCUGUCACACUUCCUCUCCCUGGCUUACACUCCUACGUGUAUCAUUGGCCUUAACAAGGACCUAAAGAUGCCGAAAGUCCAGUACAAGUCCAACUGUAAGCCGUCUACGUUUGCAUAUCCCGCCCCUCUGGAGGUACCAAAAGAGAAAGAAAAGGAAAAGGUUUCCACUGCUGUGCUCUCCAUCACUGCCAAGGCCAAGAAAAAAGAAAAAGAGAAAGAGAAGGAGAAGGAGAAGAAGGAAGAAGAAAAAAUGGAAGUGGAUGAAGCGGAUAAAAAAGAUGAAAAAGAGAAGAAAAAGGAACCUGAGCCCAACUUCCAACUGCUGGACAAUCCAGCCCGUGUUAUGCCUGCCCAGCUCAAAGUCCUUUCCAUGCCAGAGACCUGCAGAUACCAGCCUUUCAAGCCACUGUCCAUUGGGGGGAUCAUCAUUCUGAAGGACACCAGUGAAGAUGUGGAGGAGCUGGUCGAGCCAGUGGCAGCCCACGGCCCGAAAAUUGAGGAGGAGGAGCAGGAGCCGGAACCACCAGAACCUUUUGAGUACAUCGAUGAUUAAGACCAGAGGAUCUUCAGUCAUCCAUCUACAGAAGAUUGCUCUGGUAUUGGAAUCACAUCUAUGAGGAAAUUCAACCCAAGACCUCAAGUUCCAUGCAUGCAACAUCGCCUCUGCGCUGACUUAAAGAAGCGAGUCUCUGUGUCUGGGGUUGAAGAAAAGCUAUAUGGCUACUUAGUGUACUCUUUCACAAAACUUGGUUUUCAAAUAAAUAUAUUAAAAAUCUC